CAGUUUGGCAGCCACGCAGCCAAUUUUUCUACCUGAAAGCGGUCAUGUGACCUGUUAACUGUCAUUAGCCGUCAACCGUUUUUAGUUUGUCGUUUGGUCGAGUGAGUGGCGUCGCCAUUUGUGUGAAAGUCGUGCGGAUUAUUUUAGUUUUAAUUUGCAAUUUUAGUGCCUCCACAAGUACAAUAAGAUGAAUAACCAGUGAACAUUACUUUAAUCAGUAUUUUUAGUUUUUUGGGUUUUUCCAACUGUGAUAGCGGCGAAAAUGGCGAGCCCCGAGGAAAUCAAGGCGGAAUACACCUCAAGUUUGACCGACUUGACUUUUAACAGUAAACCGCUGAUUAAUGUGCUCACCAUGUUGGCCGAAGAGAACUUACCGAGUGCCAAGAUUAUAGUCGAGGCUAUAGAAGAGCACCUCGCUAAGGUCGGCACAGAAGUGAAACUGCCAAUUUUAUACCUGAUCGACUGUAUAGUGAAGAACGUCGGACAGACUUACACCGCAAUAUUCAGUCAGAAUAUCGUCUCGACUUUCUGCAACGUUUUCAAAAUGGUUGAUGAAAAAACGCGCCUGGAAAUGUUUAAGUUACGUCAAACCUGGAACGACGUAUUCCCCCUCAUGAAACUCUACGCCAUCGACGUGCAGAUUCAUCAAAUAGAUCCCGCCUGGCCAGUCACAGCUUUACCUUCCAAUAGUAUCCACCUCAAUCCGAAAUUUUUAAAAAACACUCCGACGACUUCAAAAGCCAAAAUGCCAACCGGUACCACCGAUACCGUGUCGGCCGCGUUGCCGACAGUAACCCCGGUGGUACCCACGUUGGUAGCGGCCGAUAUCGAUAAAGAAACCCUGCAGAUGCAAGAGCAACUGAUCAAAAAGCAAAAGGAACUGUUGGAGCUACAGAAGAAAACGUUGGAGUUGGAGGUGUUGCAGACGCAGGUGAAGUUACAGGAGCAGAUGAAGGCCGGCGGGGUACCGCCCAUUAGCACGAAUAUCCUGUUAAAACCGGAAGUUGCCAAGCAGCUGAUUCCCGAGGGCAUGGUGAAAACUAGACCGGCAGGAAUCGCGACAGCGAUGAACCAAAGAAUGAGCCAACAGCCGAGAAUCAACCCGGUGAAUCCCGCAUUGGCCGCAGCCGUACGCCCGAUCCGAGAUCCCCGGCUGUUACGGCAACAGCGCCAACAGCAACAGCCGAAACCGGCGAGCACGGCGAUCGUCGUCACUCCCGGAUCGUCUGUAGCUACAACUGCUAGUCAAAAAAUAACUGAAAACAAUAAUAAAAAUGUAACGAGUAAAGUGAGUAGUAGUGUUCCUAAAGAUCCCCGUUUAACAUCGUCUAAUAAUAAAAAGUCGAGACAUCACAAGUCUAAUCGCGUUUCGUCGCCGUUACCUCCUCAGGCGCCGGAAAUUGGGCCGGUGGUGCUGGCGGUGGAUCAGCCGAAAAUCGCCGCUAGAACCUCCGACGACGGUUCGUCGUUACAUUCGAGUUCUAGCGGCAGUUUGACCGGCUCCUCGACCGACACCCUCGGUAAGUCGUCGAGUAGGCGCAAUAGACGCGAUAAAAGGCGAGAGAAGGAUAGCAAACGGUCUCAAGACGGCUUCGACGAGGUCGGGGUGGGGGGUAAGCGCGAGAGGUUGACCAAAAAGGCGGAUUUCGUUGAGAAUAGCCGUAAAAAAGAGGGAGGCGUCGACGCAUUUAAGGGUAACGAUAGUGGGUUUAAAAGUGUCAAAAACAAGAAUAGGAAUUAUAUGAGAAGGAAUUUGAAUGAUAGUCCUGUUGUGGUGCAGGACGAGGAUUUUAGGGAGGCGCAACAGCAGCAGCAGCAGCAGGAGAAGGACGGCUCUAGGGAGAACUCGCCAAGGAUGAAAAAUUCCCCAGACAGAACCUCCAAUAACACCUCAUCCAUGGACAUUGACUUAAGGCAACUACCCCCCGCGACAAGCAAAAAACGCGCCUCCACCGAAUCUUCGGACCAACCCUCUAAAAAGAGUAAAAGUUUCGAUGUGUUAUUUGGUAACGAAGACACCGACUUACGGCAACUCCCGCAGACGGCAAACAGGCCUCCGACCCCACCUCCCCCCAUAAUAUCGUCGGACAAGAAGAGUCCGAUUUCGGAACCUGUUGCGGAAAAGGGUCAGAGUCCGUCGAAAAGGAACGAUUUUGAUGCGAUUAGGGCCAAAUUGGCCAACGCCACCAAUAGGGAUAAAGUCUUAAGCAAAUCAUUCCACAAAAACAAACUACAACCGACCACGGACCAAGACUUACGCCCCAAACACCAACCGAAAAUCACCAUUUCACCGGAAGAGGAAAAAGUGAUCAACUCGGGCCACAUGACCAACGAGCAAGGCAAACACUUACUGAGCAAAAUCUUCAUGCAAAUCGAAAAGGACAAACUGAGAGAAGCGAAACAAAAGGACGUUGACAUCUCCUUGCAGAGCAUCAGCGAUGACGAAUUAGAUGUCUCAGUAGCGGAGUCGAAAGAGUCUCCGUCCGCAAGACAAAUCCCACCGCCUCCGAUGCCUUUCAACGACAAAGACGAGCGGCUGAACAUCCACCCGAUCAUAAUUCCCCAAUCGGAGGAUAACGGGGGGCAGUUUUACCCCCGAAGGGGCCAAUUUAGGCCCGCGAGGGACAACUGGAGAGGCAGAAUGAGAUCGCAAGUUCCACAACCCCCACGACCCUCGGUGAGACCUUGGCUACAUCAGCAACAGCCAAGAUGGCGCGGACCUUUUCCGCAACCCCAAAGACCCCCCGUGGAUUUCGUCGUUAUCGAUGACGACUCGUCCAGGAGCCCCGGGCCUGAGAACCAGGAACUCACCUUGCAACAGGACGAAAAUAAAACGAUCAGUAUCGACGGGAUCCCGAGGGAUAUCCGGAUCUACGACGACACGGCUGUGAUCUUUUUGAACUACGAUGACCCUCGGGAGAUUUCGUUUCAGAGUGGGGUGCGCAGGGUGAUCUUUAACAACAAGGAGAGUUACGCCCUCAGUUUCGGUGAUGACUAUAAAGACUGUUUGGUGAACGGGUAUAAUUUUAAAGUGAAACUGGGGAUGCCCAGCAGGGAGAUUUUCAUCAACGAAAUGGGGUUCGAGUGCUUUUUCGGGGGGCUCCCGAUCCACGUGGUGGUAAACGGGAUCAACCUCAAAGUGGCUCUGGAAGGGCCGUUGCCGCAAGUGAAAAUAUCCGAAGAAAAACGCACCGAUUUAGUCGUGGGCAAAAUCAAUUUGUUCCUGAACGCCCAAUUAAUGAUUCCGGUAUUUUUGGACGGGAAGGUGCAAAAGAUCGUGGUGGAAAACGAGUCGUGCACCCUCAAGUUCGUCGACGCAUUAAAGCGGGUCUUGAUAAACGACGUCCCCUUUGAGGUGGAGUUCGGGGGACUUCCGAAGCCUUUCGUGAUAAACGGCAAGAGACACUACAUCAGGUUCAGUGUGCUGCCAAAAGGAGUGAAACCGGGAUACGUGAGGAUCAAGGAUAUGGAGGGUGAGGUCGGUCUGAGUCCGCCGAGGGAAGAAAACGCGGAGGAGGUGCACGAGGUGGAACCGCUGAGGCCGGAGGUGCAAAAGGUGAGGGUCGGUUCGCCGGAUAAUCGAAGCAGUUCGCCCACCUCGCAACCGAUACUGAAGAACUUUGAGGCCUUAUCUAACAGUCUAUCCCAGACUUUGGCUUCGGUGCCCACCACCGGGGGCUACCAAGUGCAAUUACCAACAUUACCGCUCACCACCAUCCAGGGUGCCACCCAAAAUCUGCCCGUUAUACCACCGCUUAACAUCAACGACUUAUUCCAGAAAUUGGUGGCGUCCGGUUUCGUGAAAACUCAGGAGAACAGCAAUUCCGGAGUGUCGGUAGUUGGCAGUGAGAGCUCUACUGUUAAACCUACUGGUUCACAAUCGCUCAGCACCACGGUAGCAAAGAAACCCGUUUCGGAACCACCCCAAGACCCUAACGCGGGCAAAAGACGACCCCUGCAAGAAAUUUUAAAGCCGGUUACAUUUUCGAGGCCAGAAACAUUAAAGAUGCGACAGGGUUUGCUUUAUGUGACUUUGUACAACGGGAUGCAGUGUUCGAGUUGCGGCAUGCGAUUCCCCCCGGAGGCGAGCAUGUGGUACAGUCAGCACUUGGAUUGGCAUUUUAGGCAAAACAGACGGGGCAAGAAGAACGCCAGGGUUGCGAACAGUAGAAAAUGGUACUUUUCGUUGGCUGAUUGGAAGAAUUACGAGGAACUGGAAGAUUUAGAGGAGAGAGAGAAAAAUUACUUUGAUCAGCAACAGCUGCAAGCGGAAAUUGCCGAAGAAGCCGAGGAGGAAGCGGAAAUACCAACGGUUCCGGCCGAUCCCGGAAGUACUAACGAGAGCUGCCACGUGUGCAGGGAGUCGUUUGAGCAGUUUUUUAACGAGGAAAAGGAAGAAUGGCAUCUGCGAAACGCCAUCAGGAUGGACGAGAAAACUUAUCAUCCUGUAUGCUAUGAAGACUAUCAGAAGUCGAUCCUAGAAGGUACCUUAAACGAAAGCAAAACAGAAGAACCGGCUCAGAAAGAAUUGAUUCCCGGUUUGGAGAUUAUUCUGGACGACGAUGACGACGAUGAAGAGCCCUUGGGUACACCAGAAGACAUCGUUUCUUUGGUCGACGACGAUGAAGAGGUGAACGUGCCCGAAGACGCUCCCAGUCCAUCCAAAGAUGAAGAUGUACCGGAAGAGGAGGGAGAAGACGACGACGUGAUUCUAAACGAAGAGGCGCCGAUUAAAAUCGUGGUGGACGACGACGACGACGAACUUGUCGAUCUGGAGAACUCGAAUCCGUCGGUGACGUCGGUCAAAAAGGAAAAAGUGCCGCAGUUCGACGACGGUUUCAUGGAUGUCGGCGAAGUGGUCACCCUGGCGGGAGUCGGACAAGUCAAGAUUAAAAGUGAACCUGUCGACGACGAACAAAAAUCCCUAAACACCUCCACUACGUCGGAACCGGAAACCCCAGGAAUACACGACACCCUACAAAAAACCCCAGAGGCGGAAAUCACCCUCGAUUUAACUCCACCGGACCAGCAACCGUCGCACACCGAGCUGAUCACCUCGAUAGACGGCAACAUCGAACUGCUCGCCACCCCGUCCAACAUUCCCACCACGAUCUCAUCCGGAAACAAAAUCAAAAUAAACAUUUCGAAACCGUUACCAGCGAUCGUCGUCCCUAAGGAAACGACCGAAGUGGUACCGGAAGAGGUUCUCCCGAUGCCGGAACCGGAAAUUACCGGGUACAAACCGGCGUUGGAAAAUGUGCCCUUAAGGAAACUACCCCCGGUGCAAAAGGGGGAAGAGCAGACGGGCAUGUGCUCGAUUAUGUGACUGUUUUAUUAUUGUAUUUAUACUUCCCCCUGUACAUAUAAAUGUGUAAAUAGCGAUGAUUGUAUCAGCCAGAAUUUGUAUAUAAAGACUAUUUAUUACGAGUAUCACACGAAUGUUUUUAAUUAUUGUUCUUUUUGUUGCAACGAGUUGUUGAAUAAAACGUUUUUUAUUA